CAAUCUACAUAAUCUUUUAGAAUGUCUGGCGGCACAGUUCCGAAUCUCCUCCCUUUCUUCUCCACCAAGGUAUACUCCGGUUACUCUGACACCUGGAAAGGAUUCUACAAGGUGUAUUCCGAUGUGUUCAACAGUGUUUAUCUCAACGAGGUUAACUUCGCUAGGAAUUUAGGGUUGAGAAUGGAGGCUCCUCCAGUCAUGGGGAGUCUAGAGUGUCCGUACGCUCAGGUAAAGGAGUUUUAUAGUUACUGGUUAGGGUUUAGGACUGUUAUGGAUUUUUGCUGGGUGGAUGAGUUUGAUGUGAUGGCUGAGCCUGACGGUGUGGUAAGGAAGAAGAUGAAGGAGGAGAAUGAUAAGGUGAGGAAGAAGGCUAAGAGAGAGUAUAACGAGAGUGUGAGAAGCUUGGCUGCUUUUGUGAAGAAGCUGGACAAGAGAGUGGUUGAUAUGAUGGUGAUGAAGAGGAUAGAGAUGGAGGUGAAGAAGGUGGAGGAGAGGGAGAGGAAGGAGAAUAUGGUUAAGGAGAGGUUGGAGAGAGCUAUGAACUACAAGGAGCCUGAUUGGGCAAAGGGGGAGGAUGGAGGGUUCAGUGUAGUGGAAGAGGAUGAUGGUGAUGGUGAUGAUGAUGAUGAUGAUGGUAUGGUGCUGUAUUGCAUUGUUUGUAGCAAGAAUUUCAAAACUGAGAAGCAGUGGAAGAACCAUGAGCAGUCUAAGAAGCACAAAGAGAUAGUGGCAGAGUUGAGAGUUGAGGAAGCUGAAACUGAAACUGUAGAGGAGCUUCAAGAGAAGAUUCAGGAAGGGUUUAAUAUUGACAAUGACGAAGCCAAAGAUAAGUAUGUUGAGGAGGAGGUUAUAGGAGAAGCUGAUGAGACUGAUGAUGAGUUUGUUAUGACAGAGGAGGAUGUGAAAGGGUCUAGUGAAAGUGAGGAUGAGGAUGACGAGAUGCGUCUACUCAAGAAGAUGGUAUCUGAGCAGAAAAAUAAGCUGAAGAAUGUUGUGUCAAGAGAAGAAGAUGAAGUUGUAGUCGAGAUUGAGAGAACUAAACAGAAUGCUGGUGAUGCCAACAUAGUAGAGUUAAACACAGAUGACAAUGUGAAGGAUGAGCAAGAUUCAAUGGAGUAUGAUAAGAGGAAGAGCACAGGGAGGAGGCGCAGAAGUAAGAAGGAUAAGGAUAAGAAUAACCUUGGAGGGUUAAUCGAGAAGAGCAGUGAAGCUGAUAAUACUCAAGAUAGAAAUGGAGACAUGGAAGAGUUUCAUGCAGAAACGUUUGAGGAAAGCAAGAGAGUUCCAAGAUCAAAAACAUCAACCAGAGGAAUGACAUCCGAGGGCACAUCGAAGAAAGCUUUUUAUAACAAAUGUGGUAGAUGCGGAGAAAAGUUUGAGUCAAGGACAAAACUAUUCAAGCACUUAGCUGAUACCGAUCAUGCUACAGUGAAAUCCAGAUGAUCCAUUGCUCAUUUUAUGCAGAGUAGAAACAAGAAUUGUAUUCUUUGAUUUAAUUUUAU